AUGUCUGUCUUGGAGAAGGAAACAGUCGUGAAAACCGGGAAGGAGAAGAUGGUGGAACACCAGGAGAAGCGAGCCCCGGACGCGAGUACCGCAACCAUAGAAGAGAUUCAGAACCACGUCAGAAAGCUCGCAAACGAGAGCUACCGGUGGGAGCUGGAGGACUUUGACUUCGUGGAGGCUUUACUUGAACGUGCUGAGCCGCUCCGCCGUAGCCGUUGGGCCGAUGACCGGGGGAGCCAGGCGAGCCACGUCGAUGCCUAUGCCGCGCGCAUCAUCUCCGCUGCAGACUUGGCGUUGCAGUAUUACCACCGCCUCCACGACAACGAGGAAAGCGAGAUCGAGCACUGAACAGAGGAGGCCCCCAAAGUGACGGGUAUUCGGGAGAAUGAACCAUUUUUAUAGUUUUUGAUUUUGCAUGAUUUAGGUUAUUACUUUUCUAUGCCUUUUAUGUUGUAUUUCUCUGAGUACUGGACUGUAAGACUGAGCUGCAUCUUUCACAGUUGAGUUACAACCGCUCCAGUCUUAAGUCCAGAGCAGCAGCGUUCCAGCCCGUACCUAAAAGCUUUCUUGUUUGUGUGCAAGAAGUCCUGUGACCGUUAUUAACAUAUAAUGCGAUGCAGCGUUUUUCGCAUGAAGAAGUCGCACAUCCUGUACCAGCGAAUGCGAGAGAAGAGAAUUUUUAUUUCGCAAAGUCGUGCUGCUCGCUAGGGGUAGGGAACCACAUACGGUUUGCAGUAGUGAAAAUCACUGCCGCUGUUCCGUAUUGGAAGAUUAAUUAAUACGAGGUUUGUAAAUGGUGCGCAAAUAAUAUGCCGGCUCUAUCGAUAUUUUUAUUUUUCUACUUUCCGCGUCUUCCGCUGUUGUGUUUGUAGUUGUACACAGAAACUACGAUCGGAGCAUCUUGGUAUAGGUUUACCUUUACCCGUAUGUUGUCCACAAGAUUUGCAUUGAAAAUAAAAAUAUGUAUGUAACAGAUGACCAUGAAACAGCAGCUGCAGUACCUUUUACUGUCGAAGAUGGAUGAUGAAAAUGCGGUUACGCUGAGUGAAAACUUUUUCCGGGGAGGGAUACUUUGUAUCACCCAGAAACAAAAUUUAACUAGCAAUAGACACCAUCUUUAAACUUUAGACCGUCAGCACGUUCAAAUUAUAACAGCCUACUCGCAUUCGGUUUUGACUUUUUACUACAGCAACAGACUUCCCAGUUAAACUUCAGACUUUUUAAUACUCUUACUCGAUCUGCCUAUACUACUUAGAUAGGCCGUGUGCAAACACGAAACUCGUUUAGAAAGCCGAACCCAAAAUUUCCUCUGACCCGCAGAUAUGUGGCAACCGUAUCCAUUUGUCAAAAUGAUAGAGUUGCUGCUGUUCUGCUUAUUUGGGUCGUAGCUGCCUAUGCUCCUCGUAGAAAAGCUUUAUGUUGUUUCUGGUAACUAGCAGGGCGCUCGCAUCCGAAAGAGCAAAGAUCUCUAUGGGGAUUUAAAAGGCUCGUGGUAUGAUUUCCCACAUUUUCCAUUUCGUCGUACUACGUCAAAUUACAUUAUAAAUUACCACUGAGAAUGAUACGAAAAUUUCACACCGAGCAAGAUUUCUGAACCGAAAAGUGAUGCCGCCUCGAAAAAAGAAUAAAAGUAGGAAUCUUUUUUUCUUUACCUCUGUAGUGUGAAAAUAAGCUGACGACGCCGAGAAGGGCGAGAACAGCAACAAGAACUUGCGGGAGGCAAGAAUUCUUAUGCUCGCAGAUAUUGGUAUCAAAGAUCAAAAGGUGAUCAUGUAUAUGAGAAGUUUCCAAAAAUUGAGAUCUCAACAAUGCCC